AAAAAAAAAAAAAAAAAAACAAUUUUAAUUUCGUUUUUCGUUCGGCUGGUCUGCUCCGUGGCCACCCCAUUCUCACGCUUCUUCAGUUCUUCUCUCCCUUUCUCUUCUCCCUCUCUCUCUCCCACAGUCUCUCUCGAAUGCUCUUUCUCUCUCUCAGACGCUCCAACUCCAAGGCAUAAAUAGCAUUUGUAACUUGUAAGAGUAAAGGUCCGGAGAUCUGAUAUCAGGGCAGAAAAUAGGUGGUCAGGAACUGAUUGUGGCCUGGAUUUUUACCAGCGACACUGAGAUUAUCAAUGGCAACCACAGCUUGUUUUAUCAUUGUGAGCAGGAAUGACAUCCCUAUAUAUGAAGCUGAAGUUGGAUCAACGGCUAAAAGAGAAGAUGCUGCUCAACUGCAUCAGUUCAUAUUACAUGCAGCUUUGGAUAUUGUUCAGGAUCUUGCAUGGACUACUAGUGCCAUGUUCUUGAAAGCAAUAGACAGGUUUAAUGAUUUGGUGGUGUCAGUAUAUGUUACAGCUGGUCAUACGCGAUUUAUGCUGCUUCAUGACUCUCGUAAUGAUGAUGGAAUUAAGAGCUUUUUCCAAGAGGUUCAUGAGCUCUAUAUAAAGAUUCUUCUUAAUCCCCUCUACUUGCCUGGAUCUCGCAUUACAUCAUCACACUUUGAUACAAAAGUUCGUGGCCUUGCACGGAAAUAUCUGUAGAGUUCUUCAUGCUCAUUUGAUUUUGGGAAUGAGUUGCAAGUUUCAAUAUAGCUGGAGUUAAAUCUCCCUUGUUUCUGAUACUUUGAUGUUUUGGAUAAUUCUAAGUUUCAAAGGCUUUUAUUUUAGGGGUUUGUUAUUUGAACAGUGCAUGAGAUAUUUGUACCUAUGUUACUAAAAAAAGUAAAUACUAAAAUUUGUUCUCAUGGAAUAUUCCACUGCCAUUAGCUACUUUCAUCCA